AGGAAUGCCUUCUCUGUCUAUGUCCUCAACCUGGCUGGUGCUGAUUUCUUGUACCUUUGAACUCAGACUGUGCAUUCCCUGAUGCAUGUCCUUCAGCUAUAUAUCAGCUACUUUUAUUUUCUCCUCAUUGUAUUAAUCUUUGCUUACCUUGCAGGCAUGUGUAUGAUUGCAACCAUCAGUGCUGAGCGCUGCCUAUCUGUUAUGUGGCCCAUCUGGUAUCACUGCCAAAGACCAAGACACACAUCAGCCAUCUUGUGUGCUCUACUCUGGGCUUUAUCUCUACUGUUGAGCCUCCUGUUAUGGCUAGGCUGUGUCUUUCCGUCCAGUCUUUCUGAAUAUUCUUUCUGUCGUACUUGUAACUUUAUCACUGCUGCAUUUAUAAUUGUAUUACUUGUGGUUAUUUCUGUGUCCAGCCUGGCCCUGUUGGUCAAGAUCAUCUGUGGAUCACACAGGAUUCCUGUGACCAGAUUCUUCAUAACCAUCACUCUCACAGUGGUGGUCUUCAUAUUCUUUGGUCUCCCCUUUGGAAUCUUCUGGUUCCUCUUGUGGUGGAUUAAGGAAUUUCAAAGUAUUUUAUAUUAUGAAACUUAUGAAAUUAUGACAUUCCUUUCCUGUGUUAAUAGCUGUGCCAAUCCCAUCAUUUACUUCCUCAUUGGCUCCAUUAGGCACCGCAGGUUGCAACGGCAGACUCUGAAGCUACUUCUGCAGAGAGCCAUGCAAGACACUCCUGAGGAAGAGAGUGGAGAGAGGGGUCCUUCACAAAGGUCUGAGGAACUGGAAACAGUCUGCUAUAGUAGUCGAGUGAGUCCUUGA